AUGACAUACCAUUUCCAAGAAGUCACAAGUAAACCACAAUACUUCCUCCUAAACUCCCAUCCAAAAUAUAGUCUUACAAAAAUUUCUUUAGAAAAAAAUAAAUAAAUAAAAUUUAGCCAACAUGUAUUCAUUCCAAUCCCAAAUACCAAGCGUAACAUCUCUUUUUUCAGCCUACGCCUCAUUAUCCGCCUUACUUAUGCUCCUUCGUUCAAUCCUCCAUGACUUCAUCCCUCCUCCAAUCCGCAACUACAUCAUCAACCUUGUCCACCACCUUUUCAAACGCCGUUCCAACGAUCUAACACUCGUUAUCGAAGAAACUACCGCCACUGGCAUUGGCCAUAACGAAAUAUACACAGCCGCCGAACUCUACCUUUCCAAUAAAGUCACUAAUCCUUCAACGGAUCGCCUCAAAAUUAGCAAGUCUCCAAAGGAUAAAUCACUCACAAUCCGUUUCGAAACAGGGGAAAUCAUCGAUGAUACCUUCGAUAACAUCCCCCUUCGAUGGCGGUUUCUAUGUACGGAACGUGAUACCAAACGUCGGUCACCUUCAACAGUCGAUGAUGAUGAUGGAUUAUUAUCUUCAUCUGGAGAAACCCGAUUUUUCGAACUAAAAUUCGAUAAGAAGUUCAAGGAUAAAGUUAUUAACUCUUACUUGAAAUUUGUAAUGGCGACGUCAAAAUCGAUGAAAGAUAAAGAGAGGAUGUUAAGAUUGUGUACAUUAGGGAGUAGGUUUAAUGUGUAUUGGGAUACAACAAAUUUGGAGCAUCCUUCGACAUUCGAUACCCUAGCGAUGGAUCCGGAUGCGAAAAGAGCAAUAAUAGAGGAUUUGGAUAGGUUUGUGAGGCGAAGAGAGUUUUAUAAACGGGUCGGGCGGACUUGGAAGAGAGGAUACUUGCUCUAUGGGCCUCCAGGGACUGGGAAAUCAAGUUUAAUAGCAGCAAUGGCAAAUUAUUUAAGCUUUGAUAUAUAUGAUUUGCAGUUGGGGAGUGUGAUUAAGGAUUCUGAUUUAAGGAGAUUGUUGCUUGCUACGGCUAAUCGGUCUAUAUUGGUGAUUGAAGAUAUUGAUUGUACUAUCGGUAUUCAAAAUCGCAGUAAGAAUUGUAACAAGGAGAAUGGACAAAAAAAAGAAGUUCAGACGCAAUUGACACUAUCUGGGCUACUAAACUUCAUCGAUGGACUAUGGUCAAGUUGUGGAGAUGAAAGAAUCAUAAUCUUUACAACUAACGAUAAAGAAAAACUUGAUCCUGCUUUAUUACGAGCAGGGAGAAUGGACAUGCACAUUCACAUGUCCUAUUUAACAUUCACAAGUUUUCAAAUCUUAGCCUCAAAUUACUUAGAAAUGAAGGAUGAUGACAAUCAUCCACUCUUGGAGGAAAUCAAAAGGAUGAUUGAGAUCGAGAUGGUGAACGCGACUCCUGCUCAAGUUGCUGAGGAGUUGAUGAGAUCUGAAGAUGUUGAUGAAGCACUUGAAGGUGUUUUAAAGCUACUUAGGAAGAAGAAGGAGAUUAUGGAUAAUAAUGAACAAAUUGUUGUGGCUAAUGAAGGAGAAGAUGAUAUUGUAGUUGAUGAUACUCGUCUAAAUGAAAAUGCAUGAACUUCAAUAUUAAUUUGAUGAAUAUUUCCAAAUCAUUUAGUAAUUACUAGUAGAUAUUUAAGCUAGUACGAGUAUUUUAAAGCAUAUAUUUACAUUAUGUUUGGAUAAAGGAAUAGAAGCAUAUAUUUACAUUAUGUUUGGAUAAAGAAAUAGAUGAAUUUGGAAG